UUAUUUAAAAGGACUUUUUUAUGCGGCUUGCCAAGUAAAUUGCCAGCGGUUGCCAUUUGGAUCAACAAACAGCGUCGAAAACAACUCUCCCAUUGUGUGUGUGUCGACUGCAAAUUAAGAGAAAAACACAAUAAUCCAAUUGAGGUUUGGGCAACGGCAGUGUGCCCACACCGACCAAAAAAGAAUAUACAAAAUGCAAGUACCAUUGAUUCUCUCGCUGUCGCUGUUCCUCUUGGCAUGCGGAGUACAACAAAUUGCUGGCGAUUAUGAAAAUACGUGGAAUUUCUACUACGAGCAACCCUGCUGUUCCGGCAAUGAUCAGUCCAGUUAUGGCAAACACAAACGAGAUCAUGUGCGCGAAUUCACAUGUGGAAAACUUUACUAUCGCACCUUUCAUAUGAACGAAGAACGCGACUCUCUUUACGUGGGCGCCAUGGAUCGUGUAUUCCGUUUGAAUUUGCAAAAUAUAUCCUCGUCCUAUUGUGAUCGCGAUGUCAUCAAUUUGGAGCCGACGCGUGACGAUGUUGUCAGCUGUGUGUCAAAGGGCAAAAGUCAGGUGUUCGAUUGCAAGAACCACGUGCGAGUUAUUCAAUCGAUGCAACAGGGAGAUAGGCUUUAUGUUUGUGGCACCAAUGCUCACAAUCCCAAGGAUUAUGUCAUCUAUUCGAAUUUGACGCACUUGCCACGCUCGGAGUACGUGAUCGGAGUUGGUCUCGGUAUAGCAAAGUGUCCCUACGAUCCCUUGGAUAACUCAACGGCUAUAUACGUAGAGGAUGGUAAUCCCGGCGGACUGCCAGGUCUGUACUCAGGCACCAAUGCGGAGUUCACGAAGGCGGAUACUGUGAUCUUUCGCACGGAUUUGUAUAAUACGUCGGCAAAGCGCUUGGAAUACAAAUUCAAACGCACGCUCAAAUAUGAUUCCAAGUGGUUGGACAAACCAAAUUUUGUGGGCUCCUUUGAUAUUGGCGAGUAUGUGUACUUCUUUUUCCGAGAAACGGCCGUGGAGUACAUAAACUGUGGCAAGGCGGUCUAUUCGCGCAUCGCACGUGUUUGCAAAAAGGAUGUUGGCGGCAAGAAUCUGCUGGCCCACAACUGGGCCACAUAUCUGAAGGCACGGCUCAACUGCAGCAUUUCGGGCGAAUUUCCGUUCUACUUCAAUGAGAUACAAUCGGUUUAUCAACUGCCCACGGACAAGACACGCUUCUAUGCAACAUUCACGACCAGCACCAAUGGCCUGAUUGGAUCAGCCGUCUGCAGUUUCCACAUUAACGAAGUUCAAGCCGCUUUCAAUGGCAAAUUUAAGGAGCAAUCCUCUUCAAACUCCGCCUGGCUGCCGGUGCUGAACUCUCGAGUGCCAGAUCCGCGACCCGGCACAUGUGUCAACGAUACCUCAAAUCUGCCAGAUACCGUCCUGAAUUUCAUACGCUCGCAUCCACUUAUGGACAAAGCCGUAAAUCACGAGCACAACAAUCCGGUCUAUUAUAAAAGGGAUUUGGUGUUCACAAAGCUCGUUGUUGACAAAAUCAAAAUCGACAUACUGAACCAGGAGUAUACGGUAUACUAUGUGGGCACCAAUUUGGGUCGCAUCUAUAAAAUUGUUCAGUAUUAUCGAAAUGGCGAGUCGCUGUCGAAGCUGUUGGACAUCUUUGAAGUGGCACCGAAUGAGGCCAUCCAGGUGAUGGAAAUCAGCCAGACACGUAAAUCUCUGUAUGUGGGCACCGAUCAUCGCAUCAAGCAAAUCGAUUUGGCAAUGUGCAAUCGACGUUACGACAAUUGCUUCCGUUGUGUGCGUGAUCCGUAUUGCGGCUGGGACAAGGAGGCGAACACGUGCCGUCCAUACGAAUUGGAUCUGUUGCAGGAUGUGGCCAACGAGACAAGCGACAUCUGUGACUCCAGUGUGCUGAAAAAGAAAAUCGUUGUCACCUACGGCCAAAGCGUGCAUCUGGGUUGCUUUGUGAAAAUUCCAGAGGUACUAAAGAACGAGCAGGUCACCUGGUAUCAUCACUCAAAGGACAGGGGACGCUAUGAGAUUAAGUACAGUCCCACCAAAUACAUUGAGACCACGGAACGCGGCCUGGUUGUGGUGUCUGUGAAUGAAGCCGAUGGUGGACGCUAUGAUUGCCACUUGGGUGGCUCGCUAUUGUGCAGCUACAACAUAACUGUCGAUGCUCAUAGAUGCACGCCACCAAAUAAAAGCAAUGACUAUCAGAAAAUUUAUUCCGAUUGGUGUCAUGAGUUCGAGAAAUAUAAAACAGCCAUGAAGUCCUGGGAAAAGAAGCAAGCGCAAUGCUCGACGCGUCAGAACUUUAGCAGCAACCAACAUCCAAAUGAUAUUUUCCGCAAGAACAAUGUUUGAUACCACGAAAAUAGUUUCACACUCAACAUGCCACCAAGCACGUCCAUCAAACGUUUCUACUAAUUCAUGAAUCAACUGAGUUACUGCAUUAAAUUAAAUGAAAUCAAUUCAUAGACAAAUUCAGCUUGGACUUGAGCUGAGUUAAAUCAUCGAUCGAUUGGCGCUAAACUGAUAAAUUUAAUAUAUUAAAGCAAUCAACAGAAACAGAACUCGAAAACUCAUUAAAAAAAAAACAACAAAAAACUGCAUUUAUACGGAUAUCUACGUACAUAUGUAUAGCGAACCACUUCCAGUACAGUGCAUUUAUUCUACAUAUUCGAAUAAUCGUGAGAAUUGUCGAACUUUAAUUAAGACAUUUGUCUGCGAAAUAAAAUAAUAAAUAAUAUAAAAUCAGACUCAUCAAUAGUUAGCUACAAACGAAACAAACAACAAAAGAUCAUUUCAUAUCGUUAUUAUAAACACUUAAAUUUAAUACAAUCUAAAUAAUUACAUAAUUAAGCAUACUUAGUGCAACUAAAAGUAACGCAACGUUUCAACAUGUUAAUAAUUCUAUCGAGCAAACAAACAUACAAGUAUUACACAUAAUUAAGCAAACAAGCUACCAUUUCAUUCACUUAAUUCAUAAUUAAAUCAAUCAAAUCAUAAUUACACUAAAAUUAACAUUAAUAGUAUCUAGCAUUUAGCAUUCAGAAACUCGAAUUGCAACAAGUAAAAGCCUAAAAACCUACAUGUAAUUGGAGAAGCAAUGUGAUGUUAAGUUUUGAUAAAUUUAUUAAUUGCCUGAUUAAACGAUUAGAUCAUCAUCAUUAUCAGAGAGAUGAGAUGAAGGAGAAACUAAUUAAAAUGACAUGCAUUUAAAGCAACUGCCGCAUUGAAUACGCACACAUUCAAACGUAAAUAUUAAAUAAGCAUACAUAUUAAUGGAAAUUAAAUCAGAUUUGCUUAAUUGAACUUACUAAACUAGAUGAACUUUUCAACUAAGCAACAUCAAGAAGCAAUAUACUCGUAUAAAGAAGCCAGCAACAAAAUAUUCAAGCUGAAUUAUACAAAAUAAAACACACAUAUACACAUAAAUAUAUAUAUAUAUAGCAAACAAUAUAAAUCAAAUCGGUCCAUAGAUUAUAUACGACAUAUGAUAAAAAAAACUCGCAUAAUUCGCUAUUUCGUCAAUUUCAAAUGCAACUUAAUCAUUUUCUCAAAUCCGAAUCUGAAUUAUCAUUUCAAAUAGUUUCUUCUUACUUGCCAAGACAUGCAAAAUAAAUAAAGUAUAAGCAUUUUAAGCAUACUGUUCUAUCUGUACUUAAGUUAAAUCGACAACAUUUUAGUUACUAAGCGUUUAGUUAUAAAUUAAAUUUUAAUAAAAAAAAAAGUAUCUAUAAAGUAAAAA